UGUUUCAAAACUUCGCCAGUAGGUACAAAGAAAAUGAGUGCAAAACGCUCCCAACCUGCUUGGGAACCACCAAAGCCUGAGACACCCUCCCCACAGCUUCAGCUGUUCAAUAGCUUGACCAGAACAAAGGAAAUCUUCAUUCCUCAACAAGGGAAGCGAGUCCUGUGGUACAGCUGUGGGCCUACUGUUUACGACUCCUCACACAUGGGCCAUGCUCGGUCCUACAUUUCACUUGACAUCUUGAGAAGAGUACUCCAAGGAUACUUUGGCUAUGAUGUCUUCUACGUGCUGAAUGUCACUGAUAUUGAUGAUAAGAUCAUCAAGCGAGCAAGGCAGCAGCACCUCCUGCAGGCAUACUGUAAAGAGAACCAUCCUUUACCAGUCCUUCUUGGGCACUGUCUCAAAGCCAUGGAGAGUCUUCUUGAAGCUGCCCAAGAUCCCCUUUCUGAGUGGCUGGAUGAAGAGAAGGGUCUAGAAGUAACAGAUAAUUCUAUAUUUAAUGAUCUACCCUGCCGCUAUGAAGAAGAGUUCUUCCAAGACAUGUCUGCAUUGAAUGUCUUGCCACCAGAUGUGGUGACACAUGUCAGUGAAUACAUCCCUGAGAUCAUCGACUACAUCCAGGAGGUUGUGAGAAGGGGCUUUGGAUAUGAAUCUCAUGGUUCUGUGUACUUUGAUGUAGCAGCUUUUGACUCACACCCAAAUCAUCAUUAUGCAAAGCUGGUACCUGAAGCAUAUGGAGAUUCCCAGGCACUUCAGGAGGGAGAAGGUGUUUUGAGUGUCAGUGGAGACCGAUUGGGAGAAAAGCGAAAUGCAAACGACUUUGCCCUGUGGAAAGCCUCAAAGGCAGGAGAACCAAAGUGGGAAUCACCUUGGGGUUUGGGUCGCCCAGGCUGGCAUAUUGAAUGUUCUGUCAUGGCAUCAGUCAUCUGUGGGUCAUCUCUGGACAUUCACUCUGGUGGUUAUGACCUCAAGUUCCCCCAUCAUGACAAUGAACUGGCUCAGGCAGAGGCCUACUUUGGGAACAAUGAUUGGGUCAGGUAUUUCCUGCACUCAGGCCACCUGACGAUUGCUGGCUGCAAGAUGUCCAAAUCCCUCAAGAACUUCAUAACCAUCAAGGAUGCAUUGCAGAGGCAUUCAAGUCGACAGCUGAGGCUUCUCUUUCUUCUUCAUUCUUGGAAGGACACACUGGACUUCAGCUCCAAUACCAUGGACAUUGCCAUUGCAUACGACAAGAUGCUGAAUGAAUUCUUCUUAAAUGUGAAAAAUCUCCUCAGAGGAAAACAAUUGACAGAAAGUUCCUUCUAUGAGAAAUGGGGAGAAGCAGAACUUCAUUUGAAUACUGCCUUUGGAACAUGCAUGGACCGUGUUCAUGGAGCACUGUGUGAUAGUGUUGACACCCGGGAGACCUUGGACACCAUCAGGGAAUUGAUAUCUAUAUGUAACUUGUACAUACUUGAGAGGACCAAGAGUUCUUGCACCCCAAAUCGAGUUCUUCUCAGACGUAUUGCUCUGUAUGUCACCCGCCUUUUCAGGAUGUUUGGUGUCAUACCUUCUAUGGAUGAAGAUCAGAUAGGAAUCCCAGUUGGAGAUUCCUCCACCAAAAAUCUGGAGGAGCAGGUAAUGCCCUAUAUAACAACUCUGGCAGACUUCAGAGAAAAAGUAAGAACAAAGGCAAGAGGUGCCAAGGCUACGGAAGUGUUGCAGUUGUGUGACGAGCUCAGAGAUGACAUCCUGCCCAACAUUGGUGUGCGCUUGGAGGAUCGAGAAGGUGGAUUUCCUGUUUCCAGAGACACAACAGCUGUGAAGCUGGUUGAUCGGGAGACACUGCUCAAGGAGAGAGAGCAGAAGAAGCGGUUGGAGGAAGAGAAGCAAGCGGAGAAGGAAAGGAAACGGUUGGAAAAGUUGGCACUAGAUGAGGCCAAGGUAGCCCAGCGCAAGAUCCCCCCUUGGGAGAUGUUCCGUGGGGAAACUGACAAGUAUUCCCAGUUUGAUGAAAAGGGCAUUCCAACGCAUGAUGCAACCGGGAAGGAGCUGAGCAAAGGACAGGUGAAGAAGUUGCAGAAACUUCAUGCCACACAAGAGAAGAAGUAUGAGGAAUACGUGAAGUCUGCCGGCCGAAGCCCCUCCUCCCCAUCCCAAAAUGGGCCCCUGUGAUUCCAGAUUUACUGUCAUGAUCGCCUUGAUUGGAGAUGACUGGAGAAUCCAUCCUUUCCCUUGAAGACGGAUUAUGUUGAUGCAUUGUGUUGAUCCAAUUUGUGAAGUGGUUUGCUGCUUGUAAUUUAUUCCAUUACUUGAGAAGAGAAAUCUGGAAUUAUGGAA